AUUUUCCCCCCCUGGUAACGCACUAUACAUUCACUAAUGUGCAGAGCAGAAUCACAAAACUCCAACAACUAAUCCCUCUCCCCCUCUCUCUCUCUCUCUCAUUUCAUUGGGUACCUCGUUGAAUCAUUCUCUCCACGGUUCACAGAGAAGGCAAAAAAGUUUGUUGCGCUCGACACCCAAUACUCAUCUUCCUCUCUCACUCUCUCUCACAACUUUAAAGUAGAAACCGACGAACCAAAACGCGUAAACGUACAAAAACUUCAGAUAAUCUUCGUCGUCAUCGUGGGUACAAACCUGCCGUUUUGCAGAUUUCUAAUCAUUUAUCUUUCUUUCUAUCUCUUUCAGUUACUUCCUUUGUCUGAUUGGUUUGAAAAAAGCUGUCAUGCAUUUGAUUUGAACUUGUGUAUAUAAUCCAUGUUCACGGUGUUCUUGAGGAGAGACACAGGAUAUGCUAGUGGUACUUUCUUCUAUCUUCAUUUCUUUCUUUGUUGGGAUCCAAAAGAUUCUCUGCAUUUUUACGGAUCUGGGUUUCGUUACUGAGAUAAAUAGUACUCAGAACUCAGAAAUAGUGGCAAUUGAACGUGAUAGUUUCCACUCUCAGUCUCCAUUCAGAUUACAGAUUUGAUCAACAGAGAAAGAUCAAACUUCAAGCCUUCAAAAAUCAGGCUUUCUGCUCCGCUCAAUGCCUAAGGAACGAAGUGUUUCUUGAGGCUUUUUCACCGCCGGAACUCUUCGUUGUAAGGUUCUGAGAUCAAACGACAAGCGGCAAAUACACCGGAAUCUACUGCUUCUCCGUACCCAAUCCAGAAAUGGGGAAAGCAGGAAGAGAUUGGACACAGAUCUACGCUAUCUACGGCAUAGAUGAUUGGCAAACCCCAAUAUUCCUCUUAAUCCACGCAAUCCUCUUCUCGAUCUUGUCCAUACUCUUUUUACUCUACUUUAACCCGAUUUGCUCGUUAUUCGAGCUGUUUUUUCCUGGUGGCAGCGGCGGCGGAGUUGCUCGCUUCGCCGCCGGAUUCACCGGCUCCGUCACAGCCCUCUCCGCCGUCUGUCUCUUUUUCGCCGCCGCCAACAUCUUCUACUCCUCUGUCAUCCUCCGCUGGGACAUGGCCCAGCGAAUGGUCAGCUCCGUCAACGACUGGUCGACGGUGAAGCACGCCCUGGACCUAGGCUGCGGCCGCGGCAUCCUUCUUAAUGCGGUUGCUCUGCAAUUGAAGAAAGCCGGCUCUUCGGGCCGAGUAGUCGGUCUCGACCCGACCCGGAUGAAGAAGGUUUCGACCCUCUCGACGCUCCGAACCGCUGGGAUCGAAGGAGUUCAAGAGUACGUCACGUGCCGAGAGGGUGACCCCAGGACACUGCCAUUCGGUGAUAACUCAUUCGACGUGGUGGUAUCCGCUGCGUUUGUCCACACGGUAGGGAAGGAGUUUGGGCAGAAAUCGGCAGCGGCGGCGGCGGAGAGGAUGAGGGUACUGGGGGAGGUGGUGAGGGUUUUGAAGCCAAGUGGGGUAGGAGUGGUGUGGGACCUAGUGCAUGUGCCGGAAUAUGUGCAGCGAUUGCAUGAGCUGAACAUGGAUGAUAUUAGAGUGUCUGAGCGUGUAACCGCCUUCAUGGUGAGCAGCCACAUCGUAACAUUUCGUAAGCCUAGUCAGCACUUUCUGGGUCACGGUGAGGUUAGGCUCGAUUGGAGAUGCCACAAUAUAUGUUGAUCUCGCACGCAAAACAAAAUGAAAAGCAGACGAAGAAGGCCUCAUAAAAUCAAAACGUGUUGUGCCUUCUUCUGCUUUUUAUUACUACUCGGUUAAUUUCUAAGAGAAGGUCAGUUCCUAUUGUUGAUAUUGUUCUUACUUUUCGAGUUUCAUAAGAUGUAUAUUUCGAAUUUCGAUUUCAAGGUCUUCAACGUUGUGCUGCUCAUGGUGUUUUACGAUCAGUACAAGAAGUAUGAGAUAUUUUUACUCCUCUUCUGUAGGUGUGAAAUGAUAUUUGUACUCAUAGAGAAAAAGAUGUACAAAUCUGGGGAUACGAAGUGGAACCAGAUGUUUUCUUUACAAAAAUUAUAUAAAAAAAUGUCAAAAAGCUUAGUACUGUACUGCUUGAUGGCUUUGUAUGAGAACUUAGUUGUUGAUAUUU